GUGACGUCAGUUCGCUGUUCUUGCAGAUGAGAACGUGCCCGUCCGUCGUAGAGGAGAAGCGGUGAACUCGCUCGCACAUAGAACCAUAGAGCCGAUUCAGUCAGUCAGGGCACCGUGGCGCCGGUACUUUGCUCAUAGACGCUUAAAAUAACAUUGAACCGCCGAUGCAAAGGCUCGGCGAGUAGGCGGCUAGGCUGGCUUCACCCGACACCACGAGAGCAACCGGGACACGCCGGUGACCGGAGCUGCCCGGUACCUGCGUGCAUGCGGACAUGUCCUCAAUUACGAACGAUGAGUAUCAGCGGUGGGUGCCCACUCAUGUGCAGGUGACAGUGCUUCGGGCCCGUGGAUUGCGCGCGAAGGGCAAGCAUGGCACCAACGACGCCUAUGUUAUCAUUCAGGUGGGCAAGGAGAAGUACUCCACGUGUGUUAUGGAGAAGACCACGAGCCCGGAGUGGGGAGAGGAAUGCACGUUUGAGCUCCAGCCGGGGGUGCUCGAGCUGGGCGGACGCGACGUCUGUCCUCCCGGGAGCUGCGAUCUCACUCUCACGGCCAUGCACAGGGCGCUCAUCGGUCUGGAUGUCUUUCUCGGACAAGCAGUCAUUCCUCUGGAUAAGGCUUUCCAGGAUCGUAUAUCCAUGAAAAAAGAGUGGCACCGUCUGCACUCCAAGACGGGCAAGAAGGAGAAGGAGCGGGGGGAGGUGCAGGUGUCCAUGCAGUUCACGCGGCACAACCUGACGGCCAGCAUGUACGACCUGUCCAUGAAGGACAAGCCCCACUCGGCCUUCGGCAAGCUCAAGGACCGCAUCCGCGGCAAGAAGCACCUGGAGGAGGACUCGGCGUCCGCCAUCAUCCCGGGCGGGUACGGGGCGCUGGCCCGGAUGCGGGGCCGGCUGCCGAGCGACGGCGGCGGGGAGGAGUACUACGAGGACGACGAGGGCGGCGAGGCGCGGCGGAGCAAGAUGCGGAACUUCUUCCUGCGCGGGCGCCUGCGCAAGUCCUCGGACACGCGCUCCAGCACGUCGCUGGGCUCGGAGAGCAGCGAGUCGUCGUCGCGCGGCGGGAGCCUGAGCCCCACGGCCGGGAUCAGCGUCGUCGUGUCGGACCUGUCCAACUCGCCGAGCAACAGCAGCAACCUCACAGCGGACAACAGCCCAGACCACACAGUCGCCCCCUCACCCCAAGUCUCCCCACACAAGCGCAUCUAUGACGACGAGGUGUGUGAGAUCUCCAUCCCCGUUCCCCAGUCUUUCACGUACGACAGCCUGAUCACCGAGACGGUGUCCUCCGCUCCGCCAUCCACCGCCGUGGCCAACGGUCAUCCGGUCAAGCAUGCCGCGGCGCCCCGCGCCCACAAGCCGAAACCCCGACCUUCGGCCCCCUCCAAGCAGACGGGCGAGUCGGCCGCCCCCAAGGGCCUCUCCCUGUCCCCCGCUCUCGGUUCCCGGCAGAAGGCCUCGGCCAUGUCGCUGUCCCUCCAGAACCUCUCGGUGUCGCGCCACGCGGAGGAACCGCACCCGGGGCCCGGGGACGGCCGCCGCUGGUCGCUGGACAGAGCCGGGGAGGAGGAGCGGGCCGCCAUCGCGGCGGCCAUCGAGAGCGCCGGGAAGCUGGAGGAGGAGGAGAGGAGGGCGGCCCAGUUCAAGAAGGAAGCAGCGCCGGCUGUCGCCGCGGGCGACGGAGAGGUCAAGAAGCAGAAGUGGGGUCUUUUCUCUCACGGGAGGAGCGAGUCCACUGGGAAGGUGGCGAGCGCGGGCAAGGGAGACACAGCUUCGGCCCCCUCGGAAGGGAAGCAUAAAGGAUGGUUUGGCUCGAAGGACUCCCACAGCAAGCCCAGCCCUGUACCUUCCGACUUGCUCUCUGACUCCUCCCACCACCUAGAAUUCCGUGUCACAGAAGAGACCCCUCCGGGUGACUCCGAUGGAAUGGCCCGUCUACCUCGGGGAGAGACUGUCGUGUCAAACGAAGGAGUGCAUUCUAACCCCUUUGUUUCUGACACAGAUGGGACUCAGGCAUGGACGUCUGGGGACUCGUCCCAGUCGCCCAUGUUUCCUGACCCCUCGAUAGAAACAAAUUCCCCGCAUGUGGAAAUGGACACUGAUUUUGCUGCGCCGACUAACACUAACUUACUUAACACUCAUGACCUCUUACAGCUAAGCCCUAAUGAAUCAGUGAGCUCUUUACCUGAGAACUCCAGUAUGGAGUUCAGUAGGAUGCACAACUUAGCCUGCCCUUAUCCAGGAAUGUUACUGCACCAGAAGAGCACUCCGAGCCACUCAGGAACACGCCUGACUGUGACCUCCCCCAGCCAAAUGCCUCUUGGCUAUGUCUCAAAUUCACAGCUGGCUGGCUCUACCACCACCUGGCUAAGACUAGCAGACCAGUCUGAGGAAAUGUCUGGAGCUGCUGAAGGAGUAGCCUCUCAGUCUGCAGUGCCAGAGUCAGCCGUUUCACCUCUCGUGAUUGAUUUCAACGGGAGAGAGGCUGACCUUGGAGCAGCGCUCUCUCCAAGUGCUGGUGCGGAAGUGACUGAGACGAUGCUCACUCCCCAGUCCAGGGAGCCAUACGUGUCUGCAUACAGGGAGAUGAGCUCAGACGACACACUGGAAGCCUCCACUAUUAUAAGUUACUCUCCAGGGCGGGAGUUGGACCUUCCUGCCAGCGACCCUUUGCCAACCAGUCUUGAAAGCUCAGAUCAGGACCCUAGUGGGGAACAAGAUGAAGAGAAGGACAAAAUAGAGACAGGUGACUUAGGAGUGAAGGAACCGACUGUAGACGAGGCUGACGUGGUGGUCUUAACUGACUCAGACACUGCAACGAAACAGGGAAUUGGCUCCGGGGUCGUGAGUGAGAUUGAGGGUUUUGGCUGGGAGAGUGUGGAGCCAUCUGUGACGAGUUCAGCGCAGGAGUUGAACAGAACAGGCCCUGAAAGUGUAUCCUCAGGCAACCACAUUUUGGAUCAUUCCCUCGAGGCAGAGAGCCCUUUUUCCGGCUCGCUCAUCUGCAUCAUGGCCUCCUCGCCUGGCGAGGGCCUUAUCUCCUCGGGGUCACGCUUCGCCGAUGACUCAGCUGCGCUGACAGGAAGUGAGCUGCCGUCAAGUCCCACGAGAGUUUUACAGGACAUGUCCCCAGACGACGAGCAUUUACCUACCAGGCUUCGUACAGGCGAGCUAGAGACACUACAUCAUGAGGUCUUGGAGAGCUCUGUCAGCCUUUUGCCCUCUGCUAGCCUUAGUUCAUAUGAUAACGCUAACAGCAGUGUUAACCCAUUUGUUAGCGCUGAUUCAGAUGCCUUUGUUAGCCCCCUUGUGAGCAUGGCCCCUGAUGAUGAUGGCCAUAGCACUGGUAAUCCCUUUUUCAGCCUAAACACUGACAGUGUGUGUGCCUCUAGCAAUAACAGUAGCACGAGCCCCAAUAAAGACUUGCUGCUCGCUCCUCAGUCAACUCGGCUUCUCGGUAGCCUCCUCUAUGAAAGCACUGAAUCCGAGUGUUACCUCACCUGCAUUUCGCAGCAGCGUCAUCGGUCCCUUUGUGGACAGCGUUCGCUGCCAUUAAUAACAGAAAAGGACCCUAUGCAACAGCUGAUAGCAUCUUAUGAUCUCGCUGUGAAAGACCCCUGUCAAAACACUAUGCAAAUACACCAUGACCCCAAAGUUGAUGAUGUGUCCCAGUUUAACCUCUCGCCACUGUCUGCACUAACCAGUGACCUCCAAAUGAAAUCAACAGUGCGUAGAGAUGUGAGCUCUCCUCUCCCUUUGCCAACAAAUGGCAUCACUCAAGAAGCCAUUCCAACUCAAAAUUCAUCACUAUUGACACAGAGGGGUAAUUUUGCAGAGAGCUUUGUGACAAAAGAAGACCCUUUACCAGACAUUCUUGGGAUGAGUAAUGAUCUGAAAGACAAGGCUAUGUCAGAACAGUGGUCUUCACCACCACCACCACCACCUAUGUUGGCGUGUGAUCGCACUGCUGAGCCCACGCCAAAUUAUGAACUCACAGAAGGAAUGGUGCCAAAUUUCGACGUGACCCGGAAAGACAUGCCAAAGUCUGUCCUACUGCAAGAGGUGCCAGCAACCAAAGAUGUUGAGAUUAAUCCUUUUGUUGAUGGUUGGGUUGACAUUUUUCCAAGAAAUUCAGUCUCAGGAUCUCCUUUUACAACGGAAAGUGAAGCUCAGGACUUGAGUAUAUUCCCUGUUGAUUGGGCCAAUUUAGACAAGUUGGCAGCCGUGGGUAACACUGGGGAAAAAAAGGAAGUGAUGUCUGAAGCAGGGGCCUCCCUUUUGAACGAGGGUUGGGCAUCUGCGCCAUCUUGGUUGACCCCGGUGACUUCUGAGGUCCAAAAUGACCAGAACACCCUUCCAUGGGUCGCAUUUGACCAAUCAUUACCUGGCCUGAACGGAGGAGUAUCUGAUGGAACCCUCCCUUCUUCGUCCAUAUCUCAGGAUUUUGUCGUCACACACUUAGACCCUCAGUUCCCUCAAACAGACACACACCCCGGUCCUAAAAGUAGCGUGGAGCAACUUGACAUCUUCGGAAGCAUUGAAGACCCUUUUCAAGGGUUUCCUGGGGUCACGGGCCCCUUUAACGGGGACCCCUUCCAUUCAGUAGCACCUGUCUUUGAAAGCGAUCAGUCAAAGUUACACAAAAUGGACUCCACAAAACGUGGAGAAAAAGCAAUGCCGAGCUUGAAGACGGCCCCCACACUGUCCCUCAAACCUGAGCUACAGCUUCUAUCGCCUCUUGCUGUCUCUACUCCUGCUGCUGACCCCUUUCCCUUGUCUUUUCCUGCCGUCCACCCCGCUCUGGCCAUCCCGUUAUGUCCCUCCCCCAUUGCCAGUGAUCUGAUGAGUGCAUCACAAGCAGCCUUUGCCCAGGAACAUCAACAGGCACCCAAUCAGAUUGCCAGUCCACACCCUGUGAAGCCACUGACUCCACCAGGAGAGGAGAAGAAGUCGGAGAGUCGCUCAGUGCUUGAGAAGCUCAAGUCCACCAUCAAUCCAGGCCGCAGUCAGUCAGAAACCGACAAGAAGUCAUCUGUCACUCAGACUCUGGUGGUGGAAGGGGGCGGCUCCUACUAUCACCUGAACCACAGUGAGCUGGUCUCGCUGCUGCUUCAGCGGGAGGCGGACCUGCACCGGGAGCGGGCGGAGUUUGAGCGGCGGGGGGUGUUGCUGGAGAAGCGCGAGGCGGAGCUGCGCAAGACCAAGCUGAUGAUGCGCGACUUGGAGGACUACAUCGACAGGCUGCUCGUCCGCAUCAUGGCCGAGAAGCCCACGCUGCUUCAGGUAUCACGUGCCAAACUCAAAUGAGAGGAGGAGGGGGGUGAGAAAGAAAAAGGAGAGAAAACAAAAAAACAAAAAAAUCACCCCUCCGAGCUAAGGACACGUGAACUCUCACCCCAGUGUAGCCUGAUGUCUACCCGAUGAAGCGUUCAUCUGAAUCUCCUGCGAGAACCCUCAGCAGACCCCUGGGUAAAUAGCAUCUGCUGCAUCGCUCUAACCAGUUGCCCGCAUUUGCAUAGAGCUCUGCCCUCCCCCCUAGACCCCCCCCCCCCCCCCCCCCAAGUCUUUGCUGCCAUCCUCACAUCAAUGGGCACAGCCGUGAGGUUACCGAGUUAGCAUGCUUGUGUAUGCCCCAAAAUCACAUACAUACUCACCUGUGUUCGGUGACAGGGAGGUGGUGGUGGGUUCUCAGGUAACAGGCGAUGUAUAUGCGAGUGGAGAGGGUGUUGGUGUGCCUGUCCCUUCGUGCACUCUGAUUGGGGCAAACUGUGUCUCAGCCUGACUUUGAUUGGAGCAUCUCUGCCCGUCCCUUGUGCUGAUUGGACUGUCUAAAUCUCCAUAGGGCGGCCUCGCCCACAGCUGUAAACCAAAUCCAGGGCCACUCACACACGUGCACUGUCUUUAAACAAACACACACACACACACACACACACACACAUAUACACACACACAUAUAUACACACACACACACACACACACACACACACACACACACACACACACACAUAUGCACACACACACACACACACACACACACACACACACACACACACACACACACACAUAUAUAUAUACACACACACACAUACAUGAACACACAUACACACACACACACAUACAUACACACAUACACACAUCAAACAUGAACCAGGCAAUGGGGGGUGGAGUGUUCUCUGACGUCUUAAAAUGUCCACUCUUUUAUUUUUGAAGCUGUCAUGUUGCCAAGGCAUGUGUCAUCACAAAAGCUUUGCUCUGCUGCUCAAACACCGCUGACCCUGAACUGAGUAGAGAUGAAGGCGUUAAGGGAAAAUCUGUACUGAGUACAGCAUAGAGAAAAGGGGAUAGGAUGAGUGUUUAUGAUUAUGCGUGUGUAUGUCUGUGUGCGUGUGUGUGUGUGUGUGUGUGUGUGUGUGUUUGUUUGAGAGGGAGAAUGAAUGCACAUGAAUAAGAUUGCCAAAUAAAUGAAUAAAGUUAAAGAAUAAUAUUGCAUUCAUUGAUUGCUGCUCUCCCACGCUUUAAGCAAAGGAAAAAAAAUCUAACCUGCUGCCACUUAAGACCCCUGCUCCCACUCGUGCGUCUGCAUACACAUCCUCCUCCUCUCACUCUCUCUCUCACUCUCUCUCUUUCUCUCCCCUCCUUCCCUUCAAUGCUUAUUUGGGCUGAUUGGACUCUCAGCUGUAGCGCCCUCUGCUGUCCAUCUGCUUGUCUGUCACUCCCAUCCAGCAUGCUGACUCUGGCCCGGAUUUGGCCGUGAACUGGCCCAGACCCGGCAGCACCAGUAGUGUGUGCAGGGGGCUGAUAAUCUGGCCCUGGAGUCGCUACGCUAUGGCUGGGGGGAGGGAGGGAGGGGGAUCACGCCUCUGUAAAGAAAAUGCCAAUUGCUGCCUUAUUGUACUUGUACCGUCUGUUUCUCAGUCCGCCACUCGAUCAGCACGGCAGAGAUUACUGCGAAAUCAGCUGAAAUUUGGGACGAGGCUCGUACACCCCAAAGCCUGUCCCUGUGACUGUUAAAGAUAAACAAGCAUACGCCCGUGGAAGAGGAGAGAGGGGGAGAAAAAAAAGAUACAGCCUUAGAAAAGAAGAGAGGGAGGAGAGAAUAUCACAAACUAAGAGGUGGAUGACCGAGAAAUACCAAAUAAAUGAUUUAUUCUUAAAAGAAAAGACUUAAGUCGAUUAUUUGCGCCUAGUGCAGAGUGGGGACUAUAAGUCAUUCACCUUAAAACUAUUCUUAAAUGCAGUUACUGUCGCAGUGUGCAGAUGAUACUGUGUUUUAUUUUUUAGUGUUACUCCAUGCUUCUCUGAAUACUAGUCUGAUGUUAGCUGGUAGAGCUGUGUGAUAGAGGUCUGCUGUAUUGUCCCACCUCACUGCACAGAUGAGCAGGCCCAGGCCGAGAUCUGAUUCGACGGCUGACUUAAUGUCACCGUGGACAGCCAAUCAGUCACAAGCUGAUCUCUCAAGACAUUAGUGAACAAUUAGAUGUGUGUGUGUGUGUGUGAAAGAGAGAGACUCUUCCUUAAGUUAAUUCCUUGAGGUACUCUUGGCUGCGAAUAUAUAUAUGGGGCCUGUUCGAAAAAAGCUUUUUGUCAAGUCAUCACGAUGUGGCUGUGAGUUAGUGGUGUAGUUGUCUCUCACUGGCCGCCUGCUCUGUGGUGUCGCUCGUGAACGUGCCCUCACCGAAGGGCCAAACACUCGCUGAGGCCGAGCUUCGGAAGCUAGACUUCCUGUAGCAAACACCUACUUCCUAUUUGCACAGGUCCACAACUCAGCUAGAAAAUUCAGUCUUAUGCGUCUCAGUAAUCAUUUAAUAUGUAUUACAUGUGAACUAGCACUAAUACAAGUAAUAAAUAAAUUAAUACCGUCUUCCCUUUUCAAAUGUGUUUUAGUUUCACUGAUUGUGUUGGUUAUCUGAUUGUUGCGUGUAGCCCAUGGAUUGUUCAGGUUUAAGAUAGAAAAGUUUACAGCUUUUAAAACAAUUCAUUCUCAUCUGAGUUUAUAUAUUUAAUUAAAAAACACUUCUUUUUCUGUUUUUCUCCAUUGUAUAUUGAAGUUUUUUCCAUUUCCAUUUUUUUCUGUAUUUUAAUGAAUUGAGAGACCGCGCUAGCCUUGGUGAAAGGAUCCCAUUGAUGCCCCAGACUGGAUGAGUAAUUGUCAUUGGAUCCUGAGUUUUUGGUGAUUUAGAAAUGGGCAUCAAUUGGGAUCCUUUCUAGACGGACCUGCAGUGCAAAUUCAAAUUUCAAACAGGUUCGUCUGGGUUCACCCAGGCUAAGAAUGUACAGGAGGUUCUGAUCAUUUAACAUAUUAAACUUAAUUGAAUAUAUUUUGGGAAUUGUUUUCAGAUUUUUGUUAAGUUCCUUUGUUUUGCACAUAUUGCCGAUGGAUUGCAGAGAUAAAGUUUAUUUCUGCAUUAAUAAAUACCAUUGGGAAAGAGGACGAGAUUUUUUUGCAGGUGCCGAAUUAUAGUAAAAUGAAGCUAAUAUUCAUUUUACAAGCAAAUAUGCAAAGAAAGUUAUAGUUGUAUACAGUAAGAAAGUAUGUUUUGAUGUUCUAAUUGUCAAGGUUCUCCCCAGGGGAACAGCAAUGUACUGUAUGGGAACAAGGUUCCACCUGUGAUGUUAUCUGAAUGUCUUGGUGAGUUGAAUAUUUCUCACAAUGAGCACAUUUUCUUAUGAAAUUGUGGAAGAUUAAAGGGGUUAUGGGUAACUAACCAGUGUUACACAAGGCGUGUGGUUGAUGGAGUUCUUUUGUAUUUAAUCAGAACAUACAAAAGCAAAAUUCAGUAAAUACAUGAUCUCUUACGUCGGUAUGUACUUAAAAGCCAUUCUUCAGGCUAAAUUAUAUAUAUAUAUGGCCAAACCUAGCUCUCCUCUAACACUCUAUACCUCUUCUUUUUCUAUUCUUUCUCUCUUUUCUUCUCUCACGUCGCUCAUCAUGUCUUUUCUUCUUCUCUCUGUUACCUCUCCCCUGCGCCCUCUGGUCUUCUAACCUCUUUAGGCCUGUUGUUGACAUGCUCACUUUCUAGGAUGUCUGUAUACACAUGAACGGUAUAAAAACAGAGAGUGACAAGAACGGCGAGGGGGAAAUGCUGUGACUCGUUGGAUGUAGCUCCUAUCUGCCUUUCUAGUAGAAUGUAUAGCUCUUUUGGUUGUGCAGUGUACUCACUCCUCCAGCUCAGUGGAGGCUGAACGGGUUUAUGUGUGCAAGCACACACACAUACACACCACAGAUUCACACUUACAGUCAAACACAAAAAUGGGUCUGCUGACUGACCAGUUGUUUUGGCAGAUGUGUCAAACUUUGAUUUGUGUCAAUGAUAUGAGCACUUGGUCUGCCAUGUACACAUAUUUAAUAAAAAAAAUGGCUAAAAUGA